UCAGCCUGUCAGGCUGUUUAUUUUUUCUCAGGCUUCUGUGAGGGCAGCUCUAGGAGCCUGGUCCUCGGGAUGAUUUGCAGCUGUGUGCGUGUGGUUCAGCUCAGUGGAGCACUGAUUGGGACUGAGGGCAGAACACCCUGAUAUGGCUGCUAAGAUUCAGAGUCUGACGAUGGAGGAGAGGGAGCAUCUGCUCCCCAUUCUGAGGAAUGCUCAGUGGGUGGAGGCGGUGGGGAGAGACGCCAUCUAUAAAGAAUUCAUCUUCAAAGACUUCAACCAGGCCUUUGGCUUCAUGUCCAGAGUGGCCCUGCAGGCGGAGAAAAUGGAUCAUCACCCCGAGUGGUUUAACGUCUACAACAAGGUCCAGAUCACCCUGAGCACACAUGACUGCGGAGGUCUCUCCCAGCGUGACAUCACUCUGGCCACAUUUAUCGAUCAGGCCUCUGUAUUCUGACCAGCCAAUCAGCUGACUCUGCCCCUGCACACUGGCAUCGGAAACCCCAACCAGUGUGAACUGCCAGUACAGCACUGAGGACUUGUUCUCUCAGCCAGUGCUGGCUCCAGCAGACACAGAAAUCAUUCCUACUAUAGCAGUUCCUUAUCUGAUCAACACAAGCCCCACGGUGUCAGCCUCUCACUGACCCAGAGUCAGCCUCUCACUGUUAUUCCAGUCUGUUCUCUCCUCCAUAACGCAGGACAUACUAGAGUUGAGUCUUAAACUCUCUCAGCCAGAGAGCAGCUGGGAAGCCGUGUGUGUGUGUGUGUGUGUGUGUGUGAGUGAGACUGCCAUAGAGUGUAUUCUGAGUUAACAGACCAGCAUUGUGAUAUUGUUACAUGAGUCUCACUGGCUUAUUAAUAAAACUUACGAUGAUAAUCAAACUCUCA